GAAUGUUCUCUGGCGACUUUUUUUAUUUGACUCGUUCGAUCACAACCGUCAGCAGCCGUCGCACACAGCAAAUACAUCAUAUCACCUGGCAUCACCACUACCACCACUACCACAACUACCACCACUUUCUCUUCUUACCCCUGCCCCCUCUCUCCAAUACCACCAACACCACCACCUCCUCUUCUUCCUCUUCCUUCUUCUCCUUUUCUUUAUAUCCUAAUUUAAAUACUCUUGUAAUUCCACAUUGCAAAUGAGUGUUUAAAUUUCAAUUCAUUCCGCCUCGAUUGAAAGGCUAUACCCAUAUCGAAGGGUGGAAGAAGACAAAGUGUUAAAAAAAAAAGAGGAAAAUCGACACUUUCGCACCGCUUCGUUACUCAAUCGAAACCACCAAGGAACCGGCCUCAUGUCUAUAUAGACAUAUUGAACACAGGGACGUCUAAUAUUCAAGUCCGACGAAACCCUUUCAACACAGCUACUUUCAACAUUCUACUCCGCUUUUUCGCUCCCCUCAAUUCUACGAUAUCCGAACGAACAAUUCACCUAUAACGAAGCCCACGCGAUCUCGCCACCCGAUACCAAAAUGGUCCUCACACACACGACCAACCACGCCUACUCUCACCCAUUUCCUACUGUUACUCUCGCCUUUUUCCUCCGAUACUACUCCCCUCAGCUCAAUCCCUUCUCGAGCCAUGUCCUUUCUACCGAUACCAUUUCGUCGCAUGUCGACCCCGCCACCGGUCGUCUACAUAUGACACGCAUUCAUAUGAAGAAAACCCGAUUGCCGUCUGCUGUUGUCAAGCUAUUACCCACUAGUGUUACCGGUGGAGGUGGCGACAAGUCCAGUUACGUUCUAGAGACUAGUAUCGUGGAUAUCAAGGAAGGCUGGAUGAAGACGGAAAGCCGAAAUCUCAAUUACACAGGUGUUCUGAGUGUAGUUGAGCAGCAACACUACUCAACCACCUCUCCCGACCAAGCUACACCGGCCCCAUAUUCAAACCCUGCAGGAGUCGCAAAUUCUCUCGGUACCAACGGUCCCCGACCGUUAUCUCCGAAUACCUUCGUUACAACGACUUUCUCCUACCGAUCUACCCUAGGAGCCAGGAAACAAGACAAGGCAGCGGCUGAAGUUACUGAUACUGAAGAAACUAGUCCGCGACGAUUCGGUGAAUGGAUUUCGGGAUGGGGUGCGAAGCGAAUCCAAAGCAGCAUCGAAUCCAUAGCUUCUAACAAAACCGAUGACCAACUCAUUAAAUCAAGGGAUGGAAUGCGCAUUGUCCUAGAGCGGCUACGAAACAAUGGAGUCGUUGCUGUACUCAGGGAACUAAGGCGGCGCGAGGGAAAGAGUGUUUUCGAGCAGUGACCACCAUGUCACAACCUUUCUUUCCUUAUGAGAUACCAUGUUACAACAAAAACCUGUAUAUCCGUAUAUGACAUUUUUAAAAUUAGCAAGGCGUUGGGGACUUCGCUGGAGUGGAAGCAAAACGAUGGGAGGAAUGGCCUCGGACUUGAUUACGAAACAUGACCUUGAGCUGUGAACAUACCAGAGGAAACAAUGAGCUAGGAUGAGGAGGGGAGGGAGGCAGGCUGACUUUGCGAUCCGAAAAGACGCUCAUGAUAUCACCUGUUUUGGGUAGGGUUAGGUGUACUUCGCUUUUCUACUCCCCUCAUGUAUCAAAUAUGAAUGUUUAAAACAAUUUGUAUGGGCUUUCUUGUGUAAGACUGGAUGACGUAUACGCCUAAUGAUUCUUAAAUUCGAAUAUCGUGCUUUUUACAUCCAUACCACCAGAUA